UUGUUCUUUUUUUUGUUCUUUAGUUUUCUUUCUCUUCUUGACACAUAGUAUGGAGACACCAAUAGAAGUAUUAAGAGUAGAGCAAAGUGGUGUAUCCAAGGAGCUAGCACGCUUUAGAGCAUGUGAUAUGGAGACACGCAGUCUUUAUUGCCGAGAGUGGGCUCAGUUUAUUUACAAAAAGCACUUUGUCUGGAACGCCAAAACUCAAGAAGAAGUACCCGAAAAUCAAACAGCAGCUACCAGUUUAUCAGCGGGCAAAUACCAAAUCAACUUUUUACUGGAAAACGAUGCUUCUGAAGAAGUUGUUAGAAAAGAACGCGCAGCACUGAUGGCCAAGAAGUUUGAACAACUUCAGGAACAAAAACAAGAGAAUGACAGUCUGAUUAACCAAAUCAUAGAAGCCUGUCAGGCAUGGAUGACUUUGCCUAGUGGAUAUUCUGGUCUGCCUGACUUAUUUGAACCUGUUCAGUUCAAUCCUUACCCUGACAACAUUCCUUUGGUUGAUGAUCCCAAGGAUCCUUCACACCUUCUAGAUCCCUUAAUCAUUGAACGCCAAGCACUGUGCUUACCCUCAGACUGCUUUCAUUUACUCAAAAAUCUGACAGGAGACAUUCUUUUAUCACACACCACACCUACUUGUAACCACACGCGCCCUGAAUCAAAAACACCUGGCGAUCUUGAGAUUGACCGUACCAUCUUUAACGAAAAAGCAGACACUGCUGUGAAGAAAGCAUUAGCAGAACUCAAACUAGCCCUUGAACGUGCCUGGCAUCCGCUUAAUAGCUUUCUGGAAAAGCUAAGCGAGUUUGAAAAGAGACGUACACGAUUAAUGGGAAACGAAUGUCAGGCAACCAUUGACGAUUAUUUUACUUCUCAAAAGUUUGUCUCUUUUGUUGAUAGUUGGCCUACAGAACAAGCUCAGUUUAAGAACAAGAAAUUAACCCCUGAAGAGAUUGCCAAAGUAGACAGCAUUUUCGAAAAUCAUUUGAACCACUUUAAGACGCUUGUGCUUAAUUUUAUGAAUGAGUUUGCGCCUGCUCAUAUGAAGGAAAUUCACACAUUGACAACAGACCUUUGGAAACUGAUUGUUCCUACUAUCUAUGAAAUGGGUGAACGCAUGGCUUCUCAUGAAGACCACAAAGGAACAAAGAACCCCAAUGCUGCCAAAAUAGGUGAAUCAUUGAAAGCUUUAGAUGUCAACUCUUUGAAACGGAUGGACUCAACUAAAGAAGUUGAUAUUGCUCAGGACCGCAUUGUAGAAUCAUUGAAUGUUAAAGUAGAGGAACUCUUUAAAGACAUUGAUAGCUUACUCAAGGCUUACAAAGAAAGCCUCCGUUCUAGCUUGAGCGGUCGUAUCGAGAGACUGAACAACAAAGACAUGAAAAAGAAAAUCAAGAAAGUCGAAAGUGGAUAUUAUUCUAUCCGCCAGACAUUCAGAUAUGAAGUAACAGAAAACAUUUUCCCUGAAUCUUUGUUCUGCAAGUUCUCGCUUGUUUGUCUUGAGCCAUUGAUGCAGGAAGGUGAAGUGAUGGAAGCUGUGACGAUUGAAAAAGAAGUCAAGCGCUUCGUUGAAUCGCACAAGGAUUUACUACGUCAGCGCUGUAGUUUAUUGAAUGAUUUUGAAGAUGGUGUUCAGACUGGUAGACGCGAAUUAGCUGGUGUUCUCGGUAAAUUGUUCUUGAAAGAAGGCAUGCGUAUUCAGGGUGAUAACUUGGCAUUAAAGAGACAAAACAAUCUCUUGAAAUCCAUGGGUGUAAGUACAGAGGAAACGAGUACUAAGAAGAAAAAGGGUAAAAAGAAGCCAAGCCCAUCAGUCAGCGGCGCUUCUACUCCUGCCACAGUUGUAGAAGAACCUCCUGCGUCUGCAAAAAAAGUGGCAGCAAAAGAAAAGGUAAAGGAAGUCUCUGCACCUUCUCCAACAAAAUCUACUGUUGCUCCUAAAGAAAAAGUUCCAUCCCCUUCAAUUUCUACAGCAAAGAAAACUUCUGUCGCGAAUGAUAAGAAGGCGGCUACUCCUGUUGUCGAGAAAAAGAUAGCUACUCCUCCUGCGCCAGAAAAGAAGGCUGCAGCUACUGCUCAGGAAAGGAAGGUUGCUCCGGCUGUAGCUGAAAAGAAAAUAACAGCAUCUGUUGCGGAGAUCAAGCCCACUCCCGAUACUGAAAAAAAGAAAGCUGCUUCUCCAAACGUCACUGAGACAAAAACCAAGAUUGAAAAGAAUACAGUGCCUUUUGCCGAAAAGAAGCUGCAAACUUCUGAAGAAAAGCCAGCUCCUGCUGUUGAAAAGAAAGCGCCCUCUAAUCUUCCUCCUCCUCGACUUGAAAAGAAACCUACUACUAUCACUAUGAAGAAAAAGUUGUCUCCUUCUGGUUUAGAAAAGAAGCCAACUGCUGCUGUUGAAAACAAGGCACCUUCUUCUCUCCCUCCUCCUGGUCUUCAAAAGAAACCAACCGCUUCAGGUAUGAAUACCAUAAAAAGAAACAUAUAAUUAACUGAGGUGCAUAGUUGUUGAGCAAGAACCUGUUGAUGGCGUUAUUGAUUGGGAGACGAUUCAAGCCUCUGUGUUAGCUGAAGUAAAUGCUGAACAAGAAUCAAAGACGAAUUCUGAACCUGUUCAAGAUUGGAAUAGAAUCAAAACUCAAGUACAACAACAACAACAACAACCCACCAAAAAGUCUGCAGAGAUCAGCAGUUGGUCUGCUGUUGCUUCUGAAGGUAAAAAAUG